AUGGAACACAUUAGAAAGUCACUGUGUGCCAGAUCUACCGUUGAUGCUAGAGAUCUUCUCGCCGAAGAGCUCGAGGGACAGCCUGAACUCUGUCAACUUGAGAUUUUGACCGAGGUGUUUAACGCGGGCAUUGUCGCCGAUGAACGGCUGGCAGAGAUUAUCCAUGUCGGCUGGGAACACAUGCUACGGAAUGAUCUUUGGACCUUCAAGUAUGAGUCCCUUGAGCAAUACCGGCAGUUGAUCAGCUAUCGCGAGACAAUUCUACCCAUCCUCCAGCGCUUCAAACGAUCAGAUCGAGCGAAAGCCAUCAACAUGCGCAUCAUCAUGGACCAGUGGAAAUCACCUAUACACCAGGUGAUACCCGCGCACAUGGCUCCGACCUCCUGGAGUAAGCACCUUCUUAGCCUCCUAGCCACUCUCAGUCAAUCUUUGCAGUCCACAGACGAAGCGGUGAGCCUUCUGAAGAAAAGCAUUCACCAACGACCGCGCCGGUCUCGGCAAGGCUGCACCCUGAUGCCGAGCGAUGUAGAGCGCGUGCUUAGGAGUCUACCCUCUGUGACUCUGGCUCGUAGGCGUCUACCCCUGGAUCGAGACCCUAGGGCUCGAAGGUGCCGCGUCUACCGAUCUGGAUCGCUCUCUGGAAACAGCACCGCUGGAUCCACUGACUCAGCCUCUGACGUCGCAUUGGAGGAAACAAACCCACUCCUGGAAUCCGACCAAGUUCCAGAGGGUACGAUGACUACCGGCACUAAACACUCGGCGGACUGCUGGUGCUCGCCCGCCUGCUUCCCCUUGCGUCUAGUGUUUAGAGCCAGCCAACCUCCAAUCCCAAGCGAUCUCGGGGUGGGUCUAUUGAUGUGGGCUAAGUCAAUGGCAUGGUCCAAUAUUUGCAAUGCACACCUCGGGAGAUUAGGGGAGCUAAGAUUUGGCGCUUCUGUCAAGAGCUGGAGUAGGGACGAGAUCGUCUCGCAGCUUGAGAUUGUGCUUUCAGAGUACCAAAUAUGCAUCCUGCUAAGUCUCACCGUUUCGAUUCGUGGAUACGUAGGUGAAAAGGAUAAGUCAAGGUCAUCCUAUCAUUGA